UUGAUUGAUUGAUUUGUUUUUAUUAUUUGGAUCAGUUAUUAUGCGCACUUUAUUUUUUAAGAAUGACUUUAGUUCAACCAGCCGGAGAUAUGUGCGUGAAGAUCCGCGAAGAAUUGCGCGAACCCAAUGACGAGGAGGCAGUCAACAGGGACUUGGCCAGCGUCAAGGAAUGGCUCAAGCUUCAACCACAUUUGCCUAAGGAUAUGGAUGAUCAGCGCAUCAAGACCUUCUUACGCGGUUGCAAAUUCAGUUUGGAGAAAGUUAAGAGGAAACUGGACAUGUACUACACCAUGAGAAAUGCCGUACCAGAAUUCUUUGCUGAUCGUGACGUCAACAGACCAGAACUUAAAGAAGUUAUGGAUGUUGUUAACAUGCCACCACUGCCAGGACUGACCCCAGCUGGAAGAAGAGUAGUAAUGAUGAGAGGUUUGGACAAAGACAUCAUGACCCCAAGCGUAUCCGCUGCCAUGAAGUUGGCUUUGAUGAUUGGAGAUAUCAGACUUAAAGAGGAACAGACUGGUGUAGCUGGUGAUGUCUACGUUUUAGACGCCAGCGUAGCCACACCUGGACACUUUGCCAAAUUCACACCUGGAUUAGUCAAGAAGUUUCUGGUUUGCGUACAGGAAGCCUAUCCAGUAAAACUGAAGGAAGUCCAUGUCAUCAACACAUCUCCAUUGGUUGAUACCAUUGUCAAUUUCGUUAAACCCUUCCUCAAGGAAAAAAUUCGUCAACGUAUUCACUUCCAUGGCAAUGGAGAAGAAGGUCUUCAAAGUUUGUACAAAUUCAUUCCACAAGAAAUGCUGCCAGAAGAAUAUGGCGGUAAAGCUGGAUCUUUGAAGGAUAUCCAUGAAUCUUGGCGCCAAAAGAUGAACGAGUACGGACCAUGGUUCAAGGAGCAGGAAGCCUCCAAAGCCAAUGAGGCUUUGAGACCAGGAGCACCAAAGACUGCUGAUGAUCUCUUCGGCGUCGAGGGCAGCUUCAGAAAGCUGGUCAUCGAUUAAAAAAUUUAAAACGUUUUUAAUAAUAAAAAGCGAUACUUUUCGUUCAUCGUUUCGUUUUUCGAUUAGUGAUAGAUCUGA